GUGCCAAUCUAUCAAGGGGUACUGUAUCAGUGGGGAGUGACUCUACCUGUGCGGUUGCGGUAAACUUUGCUGGUAAGCUCCAACCCAGUGCAGUACCGGUACCGUGCUUUACUCGAGUAGAGUCCAACCGGGGAAGAAUUCAACUCCUCGCCUUCCCCGCAAAAAAAGCCCCCCAAUCACACACACCUUACACGGCUAUCGACGGCUCAGUCAACAGCAUCCACUGUGGCCCGUCCCGUCUCGGAUAUAGACCACAAGUACUCGUACCCGACCCGCAACGCGCAUAUACCAUACAUACUCGAGUACGGUACUGUACAUUACAUCCUUUUCACUUCAUUUCGAUCUCAUAAACUUCACCACUCUUUCUUUCUUUUCUUUUCUUUUUUCUUCUUUUUACCUUUGGAAAUAGGGAUAAAAGAAGAAAUAGAAAGGAACUCCUUCCGGAAUCACACGUUUGGCCCCCCUUUACUUGCCUGCAGGCUAUACUUGAGGCGGGAAUUAAGGAGGAGCAGAAGAUGCUGUGGGGCAGUACCGGCAGUCGAACGGUUGUGCGAGCUAGAUUUUUCCGGAGGAGUAACAGCAGCAGCAGCAGCGUCAGAGUCCUCCCUCCAUUUAUUACUACCACUGCAAGAUCGUCGUUGUUGUCUGUAUCGAAGUUGUCGAGGUCAAGGGGGCUCAAGAGUUCUGCUCGGGUGCUUGUCGUGAAACCAUUCUUACUCGCGGAUAUUGGUGAAGGAAUCCGUGAAUGCGAAGUCAUACAAUGGUUCGUUCAGCCAGAGGCUAGAGGUUUUUUUUAUUUCCCCUCUUGCGGGUUCUUGACUUGCUUGCCGUUCUCGGAUAAAUGUGGGGGUUUGCUGCUCGUACCGGUCGGGCUUCUGGCCGGCUGGUUGGACUCGAUCACUUCACGCUACGAUGGGGUCAUCAAAAAGUUGCACUACGAGGCCGGGGACAUGGCAAUUGUUGGAAAGCCUCUCGUCGACAUUGACCUUCAAGCCGACAUCAACGAUCCCGAACUUGGGGAGAUGCAGAGCAAGACCCCUGCAGUGUCUGCGGUUUCAAAGCAAGCACCUAAGAUAUCUGAGGGCAUGAAUGGACCCGGACAGUUCUCAACGACGAGGCCCCACGGAUCCCUCGCCACACCAGCUGUUAGACGUAUGACAAGAGAGCAUGACGUGGAAAUCACCGAGAUUACAGGCACCGGGAAGGAUGGACGAGUCCUCAAAGAGGACGUGACAAGGUUUGUCGAGGCCAGGAAGUCUGGUGAACUCUCGCAGCUGUCGUCGCAGCUUAGUGCUCCCCGACCCCCGCUGGCACGGGCUGUCACCUUAGGAGUGGAGACGAAAGUCCCCCUCACACACAUUCAAUCGCAGAUGCUGAGAUCCAUGACCAAGAGCCUGACAAUCCCACACUUCCUCUACUCUGACGAAAUAAACUUCGAUCCACUAAUCCGCCUCCGCUCCAUAAUCAACAAACCUCUCGAUGCGAACCCGCCGGUGCCCAGAGUGUCCUUCACGCCCUUUGUCGUCAAAGCCGUUUCAAUAGCGCUAGACCAGUACCCCCUCCUCAACAGCCGCCUGGAGUUCGACGGCGAUAACAAGCCAUAUCUAAUCAUGCGUCCGCAGCACAAUAUCGGUGUAGCGAUGGACACACCAGUAGGCCUUGUAGUCCCCAACAUUAAGGACGUCAAUAGCCUCAGCAUCCUAGACAUUGCAGCAGAGCUCAAAAGACUGCAGGAGCUGGGUGGAGAAGGCAAACUAACACCUGCAGACCUAAGCGGUGGAACAAUAACUGUAAGCAACAUCGGGAACAUCGGCGGAACGGUAGUAGCACCUGUGAUUGUCGCCGGCGAAGUCGCGAUCCUGGGGAUGGGCAGAGCGCGAAAGUUACCAAGGUUCAACGAGAACGGAGGGGUCGUCGCAGAGACAGUCGCGAACUUCUCCUGGUCCGCGGAUCAUAGGGUCGUUGACGGCGCAACGAUGGCGAGAAUGGCGGCGCUGGUGAGGGAACUGUUGGAGGUUCCUGCGAAAAUGUUUGCCAGGAUGAGAUAAUUCAUACCAUUCAUUCCCACCAACCAGCAAAGUUGCACUCGAAUCACGAAUAGGCGUUCAACUAAUAUCUAACUCGCCUCGCCUCGCCUCACCCCACCUUCCUCCCACUGACACAAACCGCACGCUAUCCACCAAUCAGUCAACCAAAUCGGCCAAGCGCCCCCGAAACGAUACAUACUCGAGUAGAAUGAAUCAAUCAAAUAAGUAAAUGAAUAAACAAAUUAAUAACCUUAUCUCA